CAAACUUGAAACGGGAGGAAUUAAGCAUCAGCAACCGCUAUGCCUGAGGUUUCGCCAGUAACAACCGCACAGACGGACGAACAGCCGAAAACGGACAAUGGAUUGUCACCUACUGUGCAGUCCUGUUCCCCUAAGAGGCCCCAAUACAAGCGUUUGAUUGACAGAAUCAACAAACGAAUAAACAAAGGAGCAAACUUCUUUUCUUUGGAGUUUUUCCCUGCUAGAACUGUGAAUGGAGCCGUUAAUUUACUUGCAAGGUUUGAGCGCAUGGGAGCUGGCAAGCCUCUGUUCUGUGACAUCACUUGGCAUCCCGCAGGUGACCCAAGCAACACUAACAAGCCGACCAGUUCAACAUGCAUGGCAUCAACGAUGCUCAACUAUUGCGGGCUGGAGACGAUGCUCCACAUCACAUGCGCCGAUCAAACCGAGGAGCAGAUUAAAGCAAACCUGCAUAAAGCCAAGGACCUUGGACUGCGCAAUUUGCUGGCGCUCAGGGGAGACCCACCAGAUGGCAAGGAAAACUGGACAUACCAAAAGGGAAUGCUGAACUACGCCUCUGACCUUGUGCAUCUCAUCCGACAGGAGUUUGGGGACUACUUUGUCAUCUGUGUGGCAGGUUACCCCACUGGCCACCCAGAAAGUGAAUCCUAUGAAGAAGACCUACAAAGUCUUAAGAAGAAAGUUGAUGCAGGAGCCGACUUUAUCAUCACUCAACUGUUUUUCAAGGCUGAGACCUUCAUUAAGUUUUUCCAUGACUGUCGAGCACUAGGGAUCAACUGCCCUAUUAUUCCCGGAAUACUCCCGAUACAGGCAUAUCAGUCCCUACGCCAUAUUGUAAAGCUGUCUCGCUUGGAGGUGCCCCAAGAUGUAAUUGAUGACAUCAACCCUAUCAAAGACAAUGAUGAAGCUAUCAGAAACUACGGAGUGGACCAGGCUGUGAAUAUGAUUAAACAACUCUUUGAAAGUGGCGUCGUAAAUGGCUUACACUUCUACACACUCAACAGAGAGGUUGCCACAAUUGAAGUUCUGAAAAGACUAGGAAUGUGGUGUGAGGAUCCAUGGAAACCGUUGCCGUGGAAACCAUCAGCCAAUCACAGCCGGAGGACAGAAGAAAUUCGACCAAUUUUCUGGCAGUGUAGACCGAAGAGUUAUGUUCAUAGGACGUCUAAUUGGGAUGAGUUUCCAAAUGGUCGGUGGGGCAAUUCAUCUGCAGCAGCAUUCGGUGAUUUGAGUGACUACUAUUUGUUUUAUUUGAAGACAAAAGCAUCGAAAGAAGACUUGUUAAAAAUGUGGGGUGAAGAGUUGACCAGUGAAUGUGACGUGUAUGAAGUGUUUAAGAACUACAUCACGAGAGAGACCAAUAAACAUGGGGUUAAGGUUAUGCAGGUGCCGUGGAACGAUGAUGAACUCUCGCCAGAGACGGACCUCAUCUCACAGAAGCUUGCAUCAAUCAAUGAGCGCGGGGUACUGACAAUCAACUCGCAGCCUAACGUGAACGGUGCAACUUCAUCCGACCCAAAUGUUGGAUGGGGAGCACCCAAUGGCUACAUCUAUCAAAAGGCAUACUUGGAGUUCUUUACCAGCCGACAGAACAUCAGGGCCCUGAAGAAGAUCCUACCGGAAUACCCAUUGGUCAACUACCAUAUCAUCAACCACAAUGGUGAGGCAGACUACACAAACUGUGACCAGAAUGAGCCGAUCGCUGUGACAUGGGGCGUGUUCCCUGGGAAGGAAAUUAUCCAGCCGACCGUUGUCGACCCCAUUGCUUUUACAGUCUGGAAGGACGAGGCGUUUGCCCUUUGGGAGCAAAGUUGGGGUACGCUGUACCCAGAGAAGAGCAAAUCAAGGGAGAUAAUCAAGCAUAUCCAUGACAACUACUCUCUAGUGAAUCUUGUGGACCAUGAAUUCCCCAAGGAGACCUGCCUUUGGGAGAUUAUCGACCGAAUGUUGGACCUAGCCGAGAAAAGUGGAAGUGAUGAGGAAGACAAUGUUGCCAUGGAUACAACAGAACAAAAUGUUAGAAUCGCUGUAGAAAAUUAGGAACUUGGGGUGUGAUAUAUUAUUAUAGUAAAUGAGACAUUCAUUUGACUGGUAUGAGAACUUUUUUAGAUGAACAUAAGUUUGCAAAUUUGUCAUAAUAAUAUGAUAAAAUUAAUUUGAGAAUAAAGGAUUGGAUUUUUUGGUAAAUGGUUUCUGCUUAAAGAAGAGUGUAAGCUUUGACUUUUACUUCCAUAUUUUGUAUGUAGCUGAGCGAUUUGAAUUGCCAUAUGUAUAUAGCUUAGCGAUUUGACUAGCCAUAAAAACAUUUCAUUUGCAUGUUUUCAUUGUUUAUGGACAGUUUUUAAAGAUGAAUACAGCAUCUAAUGCUAUAUUUGUGAAUAAAUCGCUUAAAGAUAAGAGGAUUUACUACAUCAGUAUUACCAUGUUUUUUUAUAAUUUUACCUUAAAAUAGUGUCAAAGACUUGGUGUGGGUUUUGUCCACUUUAAACUUGGUAUACACAUGUUGCCAGUGACAACAUGUACAUUAAUAGAAAGGUGAUUAACUCUGGCAUUAAUAUUUGGUCAGUUAUGUCCCUUGUUAGACUGAAAAAAACAAAACAAGAAAAGACUUUUGUUGGCUUUCACCCCAGGGCGCUCCUGUUGUUGACAUCUGGUUGUUUUGUUGUUUGAUGUUGAUAGUCAAAUAAAAUGGCAUACUUUUGAAAAUGUUUGAAAUUAAUAGACAUGAACUUCGAUACAUGUAAAACUUAAAUUUCAUACAUAUUUAUCAUUUUCAUCUCCAUUUAAAACACAGACAAAUUGUUUUUAUAUAUUGUUAUGUUUUUAAUGAUUAUUUUUACUGCCGCUAGACUUUGGAUGAAUUAAGUAGUAUUUGUUGUAAGUUUAUUACAAAAUGAAUGCUAAUUGUUGAAUUGCUUUUUGUUGAUUUUUAUUGUGAAUUGCGAGAUUAUUACAUAAUUUGUUAUUUUAUUUUUGUAGAGUACUUUCCUUGUGAAUUCUACAAUAAAGACUACUCAUGUAAUGUUGUAACAUGCCUGUUUUCAAUGUAUAAUAUUUCAUAUAGAGUGAAUUGAAUUUGAUACCCUGAACCCAAUCUCUGGAAAAUUCUUAAGCUUAACAGGCUUAAGUAGCUUAUUUCAAUUCAACAAAUCACAUACGUGAAUGUAAUUUUGGUACCGGUAACUAAAAUAUGAUUUAUUGUGAUAACCAUAAAAGACAUUCCUAUCUAAAGUCUGAUUACUCUUAAUGAAGUUAAUAUUACGAGAAAUAAAGACCAAGAAAAAUAGUGAGAUUAGCUUAACCCUGUUAUAAGGGACUUCAAAAGUUUCGAGAAACUGGGGCCUGAUUUUUAGUCUUUGUGCUAACAUGGUAAGUAAAGCAAAGCCUGGCCUGUAACUAGUUAGACCAUUGAUCAUGAAGCGACUUCUCGGAGCUUCCACGUUGAUUCAUUAACCUGAUGCCAUUGAAACACUGUUAAGAUAGCUUAAUGUUUGUAAUUGACAGCAACUGUAAAAGGUAUCACUUUAAUGGAAGCAAUUGAAAACAGACAUGUUUUGAUAUUCAAUAUGUUCUCUUGAAUUGAUUCUCAUAUAUUUACAUUUUUUGUGUAUUGUACUGUAUAAAGAUGAAAUAUACAUUGUUCCCACUGGGCUGGGACACAAUUUCCAUGACAUCAUUUCUGAAGUGACGUUGCGUUCUCAUACAAAAAAAUACAAAAUUGUCAUUGUAUAUCCAACUUAGAGAUAUAGUGGACAUAUAUUUUUGUAUAAGUGUAAGAUUAAACUAUAUUUCACCUUGUGAACACCAAAGUAAAUAUUUCAGUAAUAAUUUCAAUAUGAUUGAACUAUAGUUUUGGUGUUUCAUGGCAAUAGAAUGGGAGAUUACUUGAACAGGAACUUGUUGAUGAUGGUAAUGAUGACGUUCCUUUUCUGCAAAGAUCUAAAUUAUCAAGUACCUUAAUGACACACUUGAUAUUGACAUGAUUUUACAUAGACAUGAAGCUGCAAUGGCUUCAUGCUAAUUUGACAACAAACAUGUUGUUAUGAACAUCUUACGAAACUGUUGAGUGCAUCAGUGCUUAAGGCUUUCAUUGAAAUUCUUGUGCUUAUCUGACAACAAACAUGUUGAACAUUAUGAACAUCUUAUCACUCAUGGUGUUGUAGAAUGUUGUUUAAGGCUUUCAUUGAAAUACAAUGCUUCUCUUUCUAUUUACGGUGUUCUAUGUGUAUUUUUUCUGGUUUGAAUAAACAGAGACCUUUAAAAUA